UAAAUUCUACACUAGCACGACCAGAGACCAAGCGAACACAAGCUGAAGUAAAAUAUAAAUUAAUGAAAUAAAAUCUUAAAAUAUGCUGCAAAAACGCAUGACUGUUCUCUAAAAAUACAAAAAAGUAUUACAACUAAAUACCAACAAGAUCCGUGCUAUGAAAAGUGUUUAAAAUACGUGUUAUUUGAAUAGAAAAAAAUCAAUUGAAAAAGUGCCACAAUUCAAACACCAAGAAGAAUGAAUACGAAAAAAGUCGAAAUCUCAAUGAUAUACUAAAAAAAGAGGGAAUGCAAAGAAUAUAUCAGAACAGAACUUGCUACACUUGGGCAAUCAGAAAAGACCGUAUAUUCUUAAUGUAGCAUUGUUGUAAAAUUAUAACUUUUUCCCUUCAUAAUUACAUAGUUUCAAACUUAUUAAACUGAAGAAUAAAUCGUGAGUUUUGCUGCUGUAACAGAUUGGCUGCGGUAGCAGUCAGCCGCACGCACACUCUCAAACAAAGCACGUCGUGAGGAAAGCAAAAAUAAGAAAAUUUGCGAUUCUUGUAGAGUAUAAGCAAAAGACAAAAAGCCGUGCGGUGUCUGUGUACAUACACUUUAUCCACGUUUAACCAAUCGCUAUUAAACAAACACCGUCACUCUCCCACUCACACCUUCAUUGUAAAUUACCGCCCUAGCGGCCGGCCGGACCGUCAUAAACGGCCAACAUUUGGCAAAGUAUUGAAGCGACCCGCAAUAAAAACAAAUAAAAUUUGUUUCUAGUAUUAUUUACAUUUCUAAAAAUAUUGAGAAUAAAGACCUAAUUUUAAAGCGACAAGUUCCUUAUACCGUACCGUACGUUGUAUGUAUACUACAAAACAGGAAGCUACGCAAAAUCUCCCUCAUGUUACAAUUGAAGAAAUAAGCGAUCGAAGAAAGUAAUAAACAGUGUAAAUCGAAUUGAAAGUCCAUUAACAUGGCUGGAGAUUCCAGUGACUCAAGUGAUUUGGAUACCCGACCAUCGAGUAGUAAAGGUCGUUAUCCUACGCGGGGUGAACAGAAGCGUAAACGUCGUAUUGUAAUGCGUAUUGAAUUUGAUGAUUCCGAUGAAUCGUCUUCUACAACAGGUUCUUCUAGCGAUGGCGAAGAAAUAGUCAUCCGCAAAGGUCAGAAAAAUAAUAGAAAGAAAGAUCUUACUGAUGAUGGGCCAUCGUGUUCACGCCGACUUCGUAACCGGCAAAAUCAGAAAAAUGUAUCUGCCGGCACCGAAAACAUCAAUGGCAGCAGCAGCGGCAACAACAAACACAGUUCAGCCGCUGUUGUUUAUGAUGAUGACGAAGAUUCUGACGAGUUUCAACGCAAUGCUGCACAGCGUCGUCAACGCGGUCGCCGAACCAACGUUUUAGAUGUUGGUCUCUCUGAUGGUUCUACGAGCGGCAGUGAGAUAACAACUAACAGUAAAAAAUCGCGCGGUAAAGCAAAGAAGAAAUACAUCAUGUCAGAGGAUGAGAUCGAUCCAAAAAAUAUCGAAGGCGCUCAACAACCGCAAGAUGAGAAUGGCUUCACAUCAGAUAGCAGCAGCAAUGACAUGUUAGAAAAAUGUCCGAUUUGUUUGCUAUCGUUUCGAAAACAAGAAAUCGGUUCACCUUCGUCGUGUCAGCACUUGUUUUGUGCCGCUUGCAUUGAGGCAUGGUCGAAGAAUGUACAAACUUGUCCUAUCGAUCGUUUAGAAUUUCAACGUAUUAUCGUGCGCGAAUCGUUUGAAAAUCGUAGAAUUGUCCGUGAAAUAAACGUUGAUCCGAACGCGGCUAAAGAACUAAUAUUGAUCGACGAUGAUGAAGAACUCGAGGAUGUUACCAAUUGUGAGAUCUGUGGUAGACCUGAUCGCGAGGAUGUCAUGUUGUUGUGCGAUCAAUGCAAUCAAGGCUACCAUAUGGACUGCUUGUCCGAACCAUUGACGGAAAUUCCGGAGGGUUCAUGGUAUUGCGAUAAUUGUGUCGAUUCGGAGGAUGACGAGGAAGACGAUGAAGAUUUGAAUAUGCUUUAUGAAGAUAUUAGAGAUAUGGGAAUACCCGAAACUCAUCUAAGAGUCAGGGAAGUUCAUCAACCGAGGAUUCUGAGAACGAGACAAAAUGAACGCAUUCGGGCUGCUGUUUUAAGACGUACCAGGGCCAGUGUAUCGGCGAUGGAAACUACAACAACGACUACCACGACCAGUACAACUCAGAGGGGAAGACCACGUACCACCACAACUACUACGACAACAACACGACGUACUACCAACAGAAGCGUCAGUGGUUCCACUCGCAAAAGGCGUAAAGUGCGAAGAAGCCGAAGGCCACGACAACGAACUUACGUUGUUGAGUAUGAUGUCAACAAUUUCGAUGAGAAAUUUGCUAUUAAAGCAACCAAAAAGGUCAUAAGAAAACGACGCAAAGCACGUCGCUCCUCUAAUAAGACAAGAUCGUCCAGAUCGUCAGGACGUGGAACACGCUUGACAGCAAGCCAACGUUUGGCCGAACAGUUGGGUGUUAAAACUGAUCCUACAUUUACCUCCCAUCUAUCGGGAACAAGUGCAGGGCUCUCCAUUACAGGUGGUGCCAAUGAUCUAGAGUAUUUUUCGGAUAGUGACACUGGCGGAAACAUUGAAAGUGAAAUCCACAUAGAAACUGGGCCAGGAACAGCAGUGCAGACAUCCGUAAGAAUAUCAAAUUAUGGUUCGCAAAGGUCACGUAAAGGUUUAAUACUUGGCCGUGUUGGUCCACGUCACAUCCCCGAACCGGUGGCCAGUCGUGAUAACGCUAAUUCCGACAUUUUGUCCAGCAUAAUGGAUUUACAAGACCGUUGGCACAGUGCAAGUCGAAAUUUAGAAAAUGUACACAUCAAUACCGAUGGUACCUUAAAUUUGCCUAGAUCUGAGGAAAGCAACGCAGAUAAUCAUUCUCAUUCAUCUGCCCCGCCAAACCAAACAACUACACCACCCAAAAAAUCUGAUGAAAACCGUCAAGGUGAAAGUUCUGCUGCCCCUAAAUCGGCAUCAAAUGGUUCCCAGCCAAAUGAAAUAACACAAGCGCCAAUGUAUUCCCGUGGCGGCGGAAAUCCAAACUUUAACUCUGGCGGUGGUGGUUACAACAACCGUUAUGGUAAUAAUCAAGGCAACUAUCGUGGCGGUGGUGCUGGUGGUAACCAAUAUCGUCCCUCUGGCGCUGGGGACAGUGGCGGUCGUGGCGGCGGUAUGAAUUUCAAUAUGGUCGGACGUGGAAAUUUCAAUUUCAGUUCUGGCGGGCCAUCAAAUUUUAACAAUCAAAGUCCAUCGGGCCCUGGUUUUACACCCUUUAGACAAUGGAACUAUAAUCAGCGCAAUCAACAGAACGAUGAAAACAAUCAAAAUAAUAAUCGACGAAAUUCCAUGCCGUUCGGUGGUGGUAAUCAACAGAACGAUAACAAUAACCAAUCUACACAACCAUCGCAACAACAACCACAAAAUCCAUUCAGUGGACCACCACCCCAACCCUGUUUUCCUCCACCCAAUCGACAACAAUCGCAACCACAGCGUCCAAAUGCAGGCACAUCGGAUGAUCUGUUUGGUGGUUUGCCACCACCCGUAAGGCAAAUCCCUGCACCAGUUGUUUUAAGUGUACCACCUCCACCAACUCCUCCGGCAAUGAUGGUACAUCCUCCUCCUAGUGGUGCCCUGUUUCAAUUGAAUUCCGACUAUGGACGCGACGAUGAUUCGAAUUGUCCGAAUUUUGCUAUUUACUCGCAGGAAUCUCAAGAAGUCGCCAAAUCAACAGAAGCAUAUCCCGACAACAAAGCAUCUUCAAAUUCUGCCAAUGAGGCUAAGGAAGACGAUGAAAAUGAAGAUUUAGUACAGUUAGAUGAUGAUGAAGAGACACCGAUGCAACCACAAAUUGAUCCAUCUGAGUUGUAUGAACCAGAAAAUCCCACAGAGGAAAAUGAAGAUGAAGAUGAUAAUGGCGAUAACAACGAUAGAGAUACAAUCGCUAAAAAGGAUGGUAACGAAACUAACGAUCGUAAUGAACGCGACGACGAGGAUGACGACGAUGAUGAUGGCGACGACGAGGAUGUUAAUAAAUAUAAACUUGAUGAUGAAUCUGAAUGUGAAAAAGGCAAUGAUAAUGCAUCAAUUGCAGAAAAGAAAUCAAAUAACAAGGAUGAGUAUGAAAAAGGAAAAAUAACUGACAGCGAUGAGGAAGAAGUGAAUAAUGAACAACCAAAAAAGAAAACAUCAAAGGUAAAAGGUAUGUCCACUGAUGAAGACGAGAAUAGUAAUGAAAAAGGUCAAAAGGCAACAAAGGAUGAUGGCGAUGAUUACGAUGAUGACGAUGACAGCGACGACAAUGAAGAUGUUACAGGUAAACGUUCCAAGAAACAGUCAAAUAAUUCGGGAAAAGACAAAGACGAUGAUCGUCGACCCAGAAAUGAGAUUGAUAACAUUUCGAUAAAUAGUAGUCGCGACGAUGACACAUCCAAGGGACAUACACCCACACUUCCCUAUAAUAGAAGCAGCACGGUGCGUUCACCUAGUCAAUCCAGAUCACUGGAUAAUGAGACAUCAAACGCCAAUCAUGGCAAAGGUGGCAGUGGAGCUGCCGUUAUUGAAUUAUAUGACGACAGUGACUGGGAUGAAUUGAAUGCCGAUAAGAAUGCAACUUCCAAAUCUAAAGAUAAAACCGCACAAAGCAAAAAUGCUGAAAAUACUGAUGAUGUGGAACCGGAUCGUUCAUAUACACCAUGUCUAGAUGAGAACAACGAUCCCGAAGUGGUUGAGACCAGAACAGAAGAGGUUCCUGAGGUAAUUUCAUUAACACCAGAAAAGAAUACAAACAACGCAGCAGAAAAAUCCAAGGAACCUGAAGUCGAGUUGAUCAUAUCGGAGGAAGAACCCGAAUCUGCAAAUCGUAAGAAAAGAGGUGGGAAUCUAUUGGAUCCCAUUGAUGAUGGCAAGGGUGCUAGAUUUAAGAAGGUCAAAAAACGUAAGAAGCGCAAUUAUCGAGGGGACAAGGCACCAUUUAAAAACCGUUUCAGACAGAGGUCAUUUUCUCGUUCUCGAUCUCGUAGUCGUUCGCGUUCUCGUCGUCGAUCGCGAUCACGUUUGAGGUCAUCUCGUUCGCGUUCACGUUCAUAUGGUUCAUACCGAUCAAGAUCCCGUUCGCCAGGACGUGGACGUCGACGUGGCAGAUCACACAGUCGGGAGAAGCGUCGCUGGGGUAGCAGUGGAAACUUGAGGGGCAGAAGUUGGGACGGUGGUCGUAUACCAAGAGCAAAGCCUAAAAGACGUGAGAUACCACGUUACGAUGUUCGCCAUUUAGUUGCAAAUAAGCCAGUCAGAGAUCGUUUUGGUCGUGAUAAUUCACGAUCGAGAAGACCAAGUCGAUCAGUGAGCCGACGACGAAGCCCGUUUUCAAGAUCACCAUUUUCACGAUCCCGCUCGCGUUCACGUGUACGCUCUCGCUCCAGAAGACGCUCAUUCUCCCGUUCAAGAUCGCGAACACCUCAUUCACGAUCGCGUUCAAGAACAAAAACUCGCUCCAUUUCUAGGUCGCGAUCAAAAUCACGGUCGCGAACCCCUUCACGUUCUAGAUCACGCAAUCGUCGCCCAAGCAUAAGUCUGUCACCAUCUCCACAGUAUAAUCGCAGACGCUCCAUGUCGCCUGUGCCACGUCGCUUUAGUCCAAUACGUAGACGAUCCAUUUCUCCCAGAGUAAGGCGAUCGCCAAUGCGACGCAGAUCUCGCACUCCUCUACGAAUUUUAAGAUCUCGUUCAUUGUCUCUGGGACCAGAUCCUCGACUCAAUGGUCAUAAAGGACCACAGCGUUUCAGGAGUAUCUCACGUCCCCGAAAUCUCAGUAGAGAUAGACUGCGUUCGAGAUCACGAUCGCUUUCAUUAUCGCCCCGUUACACGCCACAAAUGAACCGACUUCGUUCAAAGAGUCCUCCGGCAAAGGGCAAAAAGAAAAAAUCGAAGGAUGUUCGAAAGAAAAAAUCCAAACGUCGUCUGCCUAGCUUAAGUCCAUCGCCGAAUAGAAGGAUUGCCCGUCAGGCGGAUCCGUUCUCUCUUGAAAAACCAUCAAAGAAAAAAAGGCGCCACAUGCCUAAAGAAAAAUCGCCCAUCGAAGACCAUGAGUGGUCUCCUUCACCUAGCCCAGCACCACCAGUCAUAGCCAGCAAUGUCGAUUAUCAACCAGCCGAUAAAAAUGUAUCGUGGACUCCACCGAUGCAUUCGCCUAUAUCGGCCCACUAUCCUCCGAUUAUCAGACGCACCGUUUCGCCAGUAAGUCGAAAAGAAAAAACGAAACGCUCCAAAAAGAAGAAGAAGGAAAGCUCUAAGCGUAAGACCCUACGUAAGGAAAAGAAACGCAGACGGCGAACCGAGACGCCAGAACCCAUUCCCUCGAAGGAAGUGUUUGCCUCUGGAAAUAAUAUUUUGGUUAGUGUAAGCUUUAACAAGGAAAAUACCACAAAUGCCACACAUGGACAACAGACCAUCGUCACAUUGCCACCCAAUCGCGAGGAUUUGCUUCCAAAUAGACGUGUUUCUAUCGAUCAUGUUGCCAAGAGUAGCACUUCGUCUAAGAAACGAAAGGAGAAACGCAAGAAAGUGGAAUCGAAGCCAGUGGCCAUUAUUGAUUUGGAACGUUCGCCAUUCCAAGUGGAACAAGAACAAGCCGAUGUUAUCGUACUUACAGACAGUGAAGAAAAUCGUGAGCGUGCACAAAAUGAUCAACGACGAGACAGACGCCGCAGUGAAUCGUCGUGUCCCAGGGACAACGACAUGGAUAUGCAUCGUAGCCAAAGGCAAGAAGCAGACAGUAGCCAACGCGACAAAUCCCCCGAACGUUUGGACACAAUUAUGGAAGAAUCAUAUGAUAUACCACAGACAGGACCGAAAACACCUCCGGAACCUCCAUCAGUUAAAUUUAACUUGCAAUCGAAGAAAACAAAUAAGGUACGAAAUCCAUUGCACGAAGAUGAUGAUUAUGACAUGCCAUCGACGUCGGAACAACAGCAAGUGCAAGAUGCACACAGUGCUGACAUGGAGGCGAUGCAUGUUCAAAGCAGUCAAAAGAUUGGUCCAAAUACUCCACCGGAAUCAGGGCCGUGCUCUCCCGACGCUUACGAUCCCUUUGAACCGACAAAGUCCCCCUCAAUAUCGCCUCGCUCGCCAACACCACCCCCUUCGAAAAUGGACGUGUCUCAAAAUACCGACGUUAGCGGUGAUAUCGGUUCCACACAGAAACAUCACGAUGAUCCGCAGCGCAGAGAACAAAUGUCCGGUAUGGUAGGAAAUAUGGCGCAGAGCGCUUCACUCAAUCCCAUUGACUUAGUCAUGGCUCUAAUGGGCUCCAAAGCCAUGGUUGGAAAUAGCCAAGACAUGGCAAAAUCUAGCGAUUCCAAGCAGUAUGCAAAUGCCGAUGAAAAUUCAUUCCGCAAUAAAUCCGACGACAAGUCAAUUACGGUACUCUCUAAUGUACUUCUAUCUUCGGGCAAUGGCAUAUCUAGUCCAACACCGCCAAAUGUAUCUAAGAAAAUGUUGCCGUUACCGAAAAUUACAGGCAGUGUCGGCGGCAGCAGUAGCAGUGGUGUUAAUAUGCGAAAUGGUGGGGCAUCGAACAACAACGACGAUGCGUACACUUUACGCGAUGCCGAUAGUCCCUAUUCUCCUGGUUCGGCGGACUACGAAGACCUAUUUGAGCCACCACCCGAUACCAGUACAUCGAAACGUUAUUCGAAACGUGGCAAUGCCGGUGGUUCUGGCAAAUUAGAUUCAUCGUUCGAUAAUCUCUUUGGCAGCACAUCGCCCGUUUUAAGAUUGCCCUCGUACACACCCUCCAAAAAACCAACAGCGGGCGGUGCAUCGCGGCCAUCUAAAACUAAAGGUAAUCUUAAUGAAGUAUCAAAUAUGUCAGUGGAUUUGAAGGAAAAGUUCCUGCGUAAAUUGAAUCGACAAGAACGUGUGGUCGAGGAAGUGAAAUUGGUAUUGAAACCAAGAUACAACAAAAAACACAUCACAAAGGAAGAUUACAAGGAAAUAAUGCGACGAGCUGUGCCUAAGAUUUGUCACAGUCGUUCGGGUGAAAUCGAUCCCAAUAAGAUCAAGAAUUUGAUUGAUGCCUAUGUCAAGAAAUUCCGGGCAAAGCACAAGAAAUUAAAUCUUAUUAGCACGGGCCAGGUUAGCAGCGCUGUAAAAUGUGCUGCUUACUUGAAAAAGCUUUAGAAUGAGAGGCGCUGAUUAUACAGCAACAAUAAAUCAUAGAAAAAAAUGGUUCAUCAAACAAAAAUCUUACUGUAUAGAAUUUCAUUUGGUUUCUCUCUUUGUAACCAGACCCAAUUAAUAUAAUUUCACAAUGGCACCUUGUGUCUAGUUCCCCAUUGCAAUGGCACGAUGAUUUUUUGCAGCAAGAAGGCAUAAUAUUUUAGAGACAAAAAAAGAGAUGAUCAAUCAUCUGAAGAAAUCUACAAGUUUUAUUUAUAGUCCUAAUUGUAGUUUGUAAGACAUUCUUUAUUUGAAUUAAUAACACAAUGAAGAAAACAGAAACACAGAAGCAAAACAACAACAUAAUAUACAAAAAUCACUGGUAAUUACUUUCCCCCAUAUUAUACUUAAACUCCUAUUUAUAUUUAUGUUCUGAUAUUUAUUUGAAAUCCUUUUGUAUACAACGGUAGGUAAGAAUGUUUUAAAUCUGCAACAUACAUACAUACAAAUCAAUAUAGAAGCAUAGUAAAGAUUUUUGCCCACUAAAAUACACCGAUACAAACACUAGAAUAAAAAACAAAAUUAUUAUUAUCAUUUUGAUUGGAUUGUCAUUUAUUAUUAUUAUUUAAUUUUUUUCCCUUGAACAAGAUAAUUAUUAUUACUAUUAUUAAUAUAAAAAUUAAGUUUAAUUUGCAGCAAUAAAUAAUAAAAUUAUCAUUUUUCUAUCAAGCCUAUUUGCCGUAUAAAAAAAGAACACACGACUACAACAGACAAUUUAAGCUUCUUUUAGAAUAAAUAGUACACCUUAAUUUGUGUAACAGAAAUCAAGUUAAUCAAUAAAACUGUACUAAAAAUAAUAAUAUAAUAA